AUGGCUAUGAUCGACGAGCCGCUGUAUCCUAUAGCUAUUUUGAUAGAUGAACUGAAAAAUGAAGAUAUUCAGUUGCGGUUGAACUCCAUUCGGAGACUUUCUACGAUUGCAAGAGCUCUGGGCGAGGAAAGAACUAGGAAAGAGUUGAUCCCUUUUCUUAGUGAAAACAAUGAUGAUGAUGAUGAGGUGCUUCUUGUGAUGGCUGAAGAGUUAGGGGUAUUUAUUCCCUACAUUGGUGGUGUUGAAUAUGCUCAUGUUCUGCUUCCCCCAUUGGAGACACUUUGCACUGUGGAGGAAACUUGUGUUAGAGAGAAGGCUGUGGAAUCAUUGUGCAGAAUUGGAACCCAAAUGAAGGAAAGCGAUUUAGUGGAUUGGUUUGUUCCACUCGUCAAGGUAAGAUAAUGGAAAACAUUGCGUUCAUGUGCCUGUGAUUAUAUUUUUGCCCCACGCAAUCUGAGGGAUUGCUGUUUUUUAGGUUCAUGAGUCAUUUUCUCGUUGGGAUUUGAAAUUUUUUCGUGUUUAAUUAGCUCGUAACACAAAGGAUCUUGAAUUUUACGUUGAAACCCUGAAAAUUUUCUAAUCUUUUGUUUAUGUGAUACUGAAAGUAUUCAUCCCAUGUUUGAGGAUUUAUUCUGUAACACUAAUUAUAUUUGUUCUGCAAGUGGGAUUUAUUUUCUUGGUUUCAUAUCUUCAUUGCCCUUCUCUUUAUUUCUAAAUGUAUGACCUUAGGUCUGGUACAUCUGCAUUUCAGGGUUUUUUUCCUUACUGUAUGCUCCUUGUGUAGAGACUUGCGGCUGGCGAGUGGUUUACUGCUCGAGUUUCUUCGUGUGGACUGUUUCAUAUCGUUUAUUCAAGUGCUCCUGAUCUUGUGAAGACUGAAUUGAGGUCCAUAUAUGGGCAACUAUGCCAAGAUGAUAUGCCAAUGGUUAGAAGAUCUGCUGCUUCCAAUUUAGGAAAGUUCGCAUCCACUGUUGAGCAAGGUCAUCUAAAGGCAGAUAUCAUUCCCAUGUUUGAGGAUUUGACCAAAGAUGGUAUGUAUUAGUUUGUUGUUUGGCUUUGAUGUACUUCCAUUUCAACCAGUUUACAUUAGUGUCUGUUUUUGGAAACUAUCUUCUGUUUAACGUUUGGAAUGAAAAUGGGUUUUUUCUUACAACAUAUUCCCAAUUUUGUUCCUAUUGCGAAGAUCUCUGCAUUAUGUCUUUCUUUUAUUUCACAUUUUAUUCCAAAUACUUUGAAUUUAUUUUUAAGGCAACUGAUUUCCAUCUGCCAUGGACUUUCAUUUUUUUUGUUCUAGAUCAAGAUUCUGUGCGGUUGCUGGCUGUUGAAGGAUGUGCAGCACUUGGAAAGUUGUUGGAAUCCCAGGACUGUAUCACGCACAUUCUUCCUGUUAUCAUUAGUUUCUCACAGGUAUGCAUUAGGCUUCUAGCUUUUAAUACUGAUGUUUGAGGAAAGUUUUUCCUCUCAUUGCAUGCGUUCAUCUUCUAGUUUCAAUAAGAAAAAAAUAUGGAAUCAUGUUCUCUUCACAAGAUUCUGUCUCUAAUCUGAUCGAGGAUAUCAUGUCUACCCUGAAACUCAAAAUCAUGGUUUAUGACUGUCAUCACGUACUCUAGGUUCAAUUGUAAUUACAUUUUUUUUUCUUAUUGUAUAGGACAAAUCGUGGCGGGUGCGCUACAUGGUCGCUAAUCAGUUAUAUGAGCUUUGUGAAGCUGUUGGUCCUGAGUCCACUAGGUAUCACACAAUUUUUUUUUUCAUUAUCUGAUAUUAUUAUGAUUAAAUAUCUGAUUCCAAGUUCCCAUUUCUGUUAACUUUUGUUCACAUUUUUGUCACAAAUACAAACUAAACGAUGCAUGUGAUACUCUACUAAUCCUUUAAAGUACAAGACAACGGGACUAUAUAUUUAAACGUCGAUGUUAAUUUUUGGAUAAUUUAAUUAGUUUCAGAUAUUUAUUUCUGUGUUAUUUACAUUUAAUACAGUAAACCAAUAAUAAGAUUUUUUUGACAGAUGUCUUCUUACAUAUUUCUUGAUUUCUUUUAUCUUUCUUUGAGUUUAUUGGUCUAUUCAUAUUAUAAUAGUAAAGUAGACUAAUCCGAUUUUUUAUAAAUAAACAUAAUGAUACAUCUUAGAUGGCAGGGUACUUUAUGAAUCAUCUUACUUAAGUUUGAUUUGACUUUUACAUGUCCUACUCUAAGCUACAUAUUUGAGUAAAAAUGUCGAGCAUAAAGAUCAAAUCCGUACAUUUAUUUUGUUUUAGUUGAAAAACAGGGGAAUAAGGCCAUAAAGUGGAGAUCAAACAGGCAUGUUUUUUGUCUCCCUGAUACUCCUUGGAAAAAGGAGGGAGAGACAUUCAUACCUGUGCGAAAUAUUAUAUUACCUACGGUCGCAUUGAAUGUUUGUGCACAAAUACAUCUGAUUCAUCAAUGUGACCUAUUGAUUGGCCACUUGUAGUAUGCAGAAUAUUUUUGGUUCAACAAUGUAUUAUAUAUCUUCAUCCAAAUGGCCAUAUUAAGGGUAAAUUUCUUGUCAAUGAUUAAUUAGUGCUUUUGUUUUCAAGGACGGAUUUGAUGCCUGCAUAUGUUCGGCUUCUUCGUGAUAAUGAGGCAGAAGUGAGGAUAGCAGCUGCUGGAAAAGUGACAAAGUUCUGUCGUAUCUUGGAACCUCAGCUUGCUAUUCAACACAUUCUUCCGUGUGUGAAGGUACAGAUACUGUCUACUGCGAAAUAUAUCUUGUUUUGAAAAUGCAAGGCCAGUGACAUAUUUCUAGAUGAGUGACUACCCUUUUUGCGUGCCAUUUUGUUUAUUACCCAUCUUACAGCAUGCAAAUGAUGAAGUGUAGGGGCAGUCUCCUCAUGCUUCAUCCCGCUUUUAAUGUAUGCGUGUUUCUUCAUGAGUUUUCUUACCAUAGGUUAUUUUUUGGUAAUUAUUUGAAAGAAACGUAUGAACUACUUAUGGAAUCUGUAAUUGCAUUUCGUUGGUUAAUCAUUGCUUUAAGUCAUCAAGCUGCGGUUUCAAGUUACUUCCCUAUCAUCAUAUGCUAUAUUUAUUCAGAGGUUGUUCAUUCUGUAUGACGAAUCAAGAUAAUUCUAUUCAAAAGGAAGGAAAUAAAAUGUGCUGUUAUUUUAUGAAGGCACAAAUUCAUGUGCUGGAUCUCGCAUGUGAUUUUCUCCCUGUACGUUGAUGUUUUUUUCAUGUGCAUUGUAAAUUUCAUGAAGCAUAUCUUAUAAACCUGAUGCUGACUAGGAUUUCUGACUGUUAUUCCUUCACACCUGGCCCCUGUGUGGCUUAGUUUUGUACUGUGAAACUGUGAAGCUGCUUCGUAUCCUUUUUAGUGUCCAAUAUGGUCUAUCUGCUUACACUCAUGAUUUGUAUUUCAUGUUUUUUUUUAAUUUUUUGAAUGUUCCCUUUUGAUCUCUUUUGUAUGGAACUUUUUGGCUGCAGGAAUUGUCAUCAGACUCUUCGCAGCAUGUUCGUUCAGCCUUGGCAUCAGUUAUCAUGGGAAUGGCACCAGUUCUUGGAAAGGUAUAUGUAUAUGCUUACUUUGUGAAAUGAAAUUGCUUUAAAAACAAAGAAGAAAAACAGUUGAAACUUUUGCUUUGUAGUUUCUAAGGUGUUCCAUGAUUUACAUCUGAAGUGAAUGUAAUACUCUUUUGUCUUUUUUUCGUUGGUCAUGCAUCCUAAUUUGAUUUUUUCCCUUAAUUUUAAUUUUUCUGGUUUUUCUUUAUCAUGUUCCAUUUUUGUGAACUUCGGUGAAGGUUCUGUUGUUAGGAUUAUAGAAUAAAUGAUGCUUUUAAGAGAAUAAACUAAUGCAAUUUCUCUUGGUGUCCUUUAUGUUUUAUCUGGGGAAUAUAAUCUAUCUGGUUUUUUUUUGUCGUUUUCUUACUGAACCUUCUGAUAUGGUUGUCUGCUUUCUUGGUGUCUGCUUAAGGAAAGCAACAAUCAUUACUGUAUCCUUAAAAGCGAAGCACUCUGGCAUAACAUCCAUUUUAUCUGGCGGUUUUUGCUGAAUAUAGGACAUAUUUUGUUGCUUUGACACAACUUAAUGCAGAAAAUAGUGCUUUCUCAGGCGGGAACUCAUCUUCUGACUAAUCUGCUUCUGUGCACAUUUCCUUAGAUUAAAUGAACGAACAUUCAAUAAGUGAGAUUCAACAUCAAGGACAAACACAACUCACUUUUUCCUCAUGUGGACCAGGUUAUUAUAAUCUUAUGAAGGUCAGCUAUAAAGGGAAACCUUUUAUUAGGCCAAAAAAUCGCAUAUAAGUUAAGUGAUGCUGGGCAGCCUUGAUUACCACCAUAGGCUUCUCGUAGUCACUCACCUAAAACUAAUCUGAUAUGAUAUGUAGGGCAUAAGGAUUUAUUUAGGGCAUAAGGAUUUCGGACCCAGUGCAUAAACUUAAUGCGACCAACUGUCCUCGGAAUGAUAUGGAAACACAUUUCACAGUGUUGUACGGUAAUCUGGAAAGUGGGAAAACUAAAAUCUGAUUGUGGUGACUGGCUGCUACUUGCAUCAACUUCCAUAGAAUUCUGUUAAUAUAUUCCCUUUGGUUACCUGAUCUCAGUCUAUACUUGGAAUUGGAAGUAUCAAGUCAAUCCCGCUAGAAUGAUUCAGACUGGGUUAUGUCAACUUAUAUAUAAAAAGAGCACAAUGCUGUAUACCAAUUUGUGGAUAUAUUUUCUAGUUGGGUGCUGGAAAUCACUACUGGUACACAGCGGAGUCAAAAAUGUCUAAAUCCAUUCUUGAAAUGUUUUAGCUGAGUCAUGUGUCUUCUGGCCAUUGAUACCGAAAGAGAUGAGUGUGCUUCCUCUUUGUUGGUUCUAUAUCUUUUCAUUUUCUUCAAUCUCUUCUAAAUACUGCUACUGCUUUCUCGUGGAUUCCUCUUUGUUGAUUUUUCUUGUGGAUAUGAUUCUUAUCUCAAGUAUCUCUUCAUCUGUAAGGCAUACGGUUACAAGUCACCAGAAUUGAUAUUCUUAUUGUUUUGAUUUUUUAUUAUCUUACAAAGUUGUUUUGUCUUCAUGUGUUUACAAAUUACCAAAGAUUCUGUUUGUACGAAAUUGGUCUCGGUCAAACUGUUCUGUCGUGUGAUCAUGUUUAACACAUUUACCUGUCGCAGAAACUUUAUUUACUAGCGAAAUUAAUGGUUUGCAUAUUAUAGGAUGCCACAAUCGAGCAGCUUCUGCCAAUCUUUCUCUCCCUUUUGAAAGAUGAAUUUCCUGAUGUUCGAUUGAAUAUAAUUAGCAAGCUCGACCAAGUGAAUCAGGUUUGAGUUUUUUUUUCUUUUGGUUUUUGCUGUUAAACAGUUUAUUGCCCUUGCCCGUGCACAUAAUGUUUUUACUUUUCUUGAUUGUUUAUUUGGAGUCUUUUUCUUGAUGCAUUUUAUCCUUGCUUUCGUUAACUGUGGCCACAUCGUAAGAUGAAUUGAUUUAAUAAAGUACAUUUCUCUUGGUGAUGUUUUUUUUUAAUCAAGUAUCAAAUUCUGCAGGGAAGUGAAGUGGAUGUUGUGGUAUCUUAUAUGUAUUUUGUAGAUCAUGUAGGUGGCAUUCAGAUAUAUCUCAUUGGAUCUGCACUUUUGUUAUGAAAUGAUGCCUUUAAAUAUAUUAAAGGUGGAAGUAGUGCUAUCUGGUAGUCGCUUGGAUAGUUGUAGUUGCAGAUAGUUCUGUGGGGACUUGUAAAGAACAGAAGACAUUUGACGCCAUCGAUUGCCAUUCUCUCACGGGUUUUUAAUAUCAAGUACCAUCUAUAAACUACUGAGAGUAAUGUAUUAUAUUUAUUUUUUCUUAAGAUUCUUCCCAGGAACGAGCAAGAAAACGUACAAACAUACGCGGUGGAUGCUAGCUUGCUUUGUGUUUUUCAUAAAUUUUAACGUUUUUACAGUCAAAAUUAUGGGAAAGCAAAUCGGCAAUGCUACCUUUGCUUCGUUCAUUUAUCCAGUAGAUCCCGGAGGCAAUCCUAUACUCUUAAACAAAGGGGACAGAAGCAUUGUUCCAUGAAUAAAAAUGGAAAAAAUGUAUAGUUCAAGAUAAAUGUAGACGUUUUACCUGAAUUUGUUGCAGACAUUACUAUUUCUACGAUUACAGCCUGCAUUGACGUUUGGAUCAGUUGCACUGCAAUGUGUGGACAUCUGGUGCUUUGGGGAGUCAAAUAUUGGGAUUAGCUUGCAAUUCUGGGCGGAUCGUUGACACCAUUUCUUCUAAUGAAAUAGAUUAUUUAUUUCACACGAACCCCUUGGAUUACAAUGCGCUUAUAAUGAGAGGUUUCCUAGUAAGAGCACUUUGGUUUGUGGCAAUGAUGGCGUCUUGAUCUUCCUUUGAAGUGGAGGAAGACUAAAAAAUUGACUUGUCCCAAGGUUGGCAGCAGGCUUAAGUUCUGUGCUAAGGGGAAGAGCCAGAGAAGGAGAAGGGCAGGAGGUUUCCACCUAUAUUCAUCAAUAGAAAAAGAAGAAGAAGGAGAAGAAGAAGAAGAGGGGAGGCAGGUGUGAUUGUGCAAAGCAUAAAUGGAUAAUUCAAAACAUUGUCUGCCUUGACAUGCGGCUUUCUUUGCUGCCAUCUGCUCGAUAUUUAUAUCUUCUUCCACCCCAACCUGGCAAGAAGGGCCAUGUAUUUGUUUGGGGAGAGGAAAGAAUCAGGAGAGGUUUUUGAAGGGGGAGCUUUACUCUGGAGAUCCAUCCAUUUUUGUGACAAGUUUUUAUAACAUGCCCAAAGUGUCUGAUUUUCUUGUUUUCCAGUCUGUUGCCAGUGCAGAUGAGGACUAAAGAUGUGGACCGUGUCUAUCUGGGACAUUUCCUGUUCCUAAUAGAUAAAUUAAUUAGUUAGGCUUACCAAGUAUAAGCCUAUAUUUCUGGCCCGAAUUAUAUUUUACUCUCGAACAGUUUGAAGCAAUUAAUUUCUGAUAUCUUUUGUAGGUGAUCGGUGUUGACCUAUUGUCCCAGUCAUUGUUGCCGGCCAUUGUGGAGCUUGCAGAGGAUAGACAUUGGCGUGUUCGUCUUGCUAUAAUUGAGUACAUCCCACUUUUAGCAAGCCAGCUGGGCGUAGGCUUUUUUAAUGACGAGCUUGGGACACUAUGUAUGCACUGGUUGGAAGAUAAGGUACGUGACGAUCUCUUUGUUUGCAACAUCAAAUGUCAAUAUGUAUGCUUCUUUAAAACCAUUAUUAUGUCAUCCUUUGGAUGCACGAGUUUCAUCAUACCAUUAUUACGUCUCUGAAGACAUGUGUGUUACUUACUGUGAAAAGCAGUUGUUAAUCAAGUGCUUGUUUCAUUUAGAUUAAUGAGAAAACUUUUUUCGCUUGUUAAUGUCAGCAGUUGAAGUGAGAUUCUCCUCUCUUUCUAUCCCUCUCUAUCUAUCUAUUUUGCUCUCUGUCUAUCUCCCUUUCUCUCUUUCUCUCUUUCUCUCUCCUCUCUAUCUCUCUCUUUAUCUUUCUUUCUCUCUCUCUCUCUCUCUCUAUCUAGUUAUCUAUCUUUUUUUUUCUAUCUUAAAAGAGGGAGAAGCUUAUACACUUGCCUACCAUGGGCGGACUAAUCUUCCAUAUUCGUUUUAUUGAAAUACUUUCAUCUCUAAUUCCUUUAUCUUUUGCUCUUUUGGGAAAAUUCUUAUUUGCGCACUUUUUAUCCCACAUAAACCGGAGGCUUCUUUUCAACUCCUGUGUUGAUAGAUUCCAAGCUUUUUGAGAAUCAUCUCUAGUACCAAUUAGCUGUUCUUGGAAAACUACAGGUUUACUCGAUUCGCGAUGCAGCUGCUAAUAACUUGAAGCGUCUCGCCGAGGAAUUUGGCCCAGACUGGGCUCUGCAACAUAUUAUUCCUCAGGUGAUCUUCUUACUUGUUACUUCUGCAACAUAUUAUUUCGAUUGCAGCAGAGAUAACAGGUUCCCUUGUGGGCUAUCAAAUCUUUUUUAACUGGUUUAGAUCCGAGUUGCAAGGUUUUUUUUUUUUAAAUUCCUGGGACAAGCUAAGCCUCCUCCAACUUACUCUAAAUAGCCCAAUUCCAUUGGAUGCCACAUGGCAAUUUCCUCAGGCUGUUCAUUAUUGAUCAAGGAACACCGAAUCCAUGAACUUUUUAGGAGUAAAACCCACAAGUGGUAUGCUGUGCUGCAGGUGUUGCUAUAUUUAGAUCCAAUCCAGGUCCUUGGGAUUAGUUUCUAGCCUUCUGAGUAGUUUUGCUGCGAGGGCUGCCUAUGAUAUUUAUUUUACCUGGUACUGAAUUGUGGCGCUCCGUCUCCCUUUGCAUCUCUCUCAUUCAUGUUGCUUUUUUUUUUUUUUUUGUGACUUGGGGGUUGACUUCCCUUUGGCCUCUCCCCUGUUUUCGGCUUCUGCAUUGAGAAAAAGUCUUCUUCUCAUCACAGCUCAGAUGUAGACGAGAUGAGAGUGUACGGUCAAAAGUAUGAAUGAAGUGGGCACCUAAAUAUUUAUCUAAUUCCAGUAAAAAAAAUACCUGGGGACAUGAAAUAGGACUUAAAAUGAGGGCAUUCACUUGAUUUUUCUGAUCGAAAAUGAGCAUGGAACAAGGCAUUUACUUGAUGGGGGAAGCAAAAAGAGCAUCAUUACUCAGGAAGAGAGAGAGAGAGAGAGGGCAUAUCCGGCCAGCCUCCUCUAAUCCCAACCUAGGAAUCAGCCUCCCAUUAAGGCAUAUACCGUUGUGAUAUUUUGCAUACUUGAUGAGCUAGUAGUUUGCUUACUUUAGAGCCUGCUGAGUUAUUUUGAUCGGGGAAUGAUUUUUUUAUUUUUUUUAUUUUUAUGUUUCUUGGCGGAUCUUCUGAUAAUAAGUUGUGCAGAUUAUGGAGAAGAUAAACAACCCGCACUACCUCUAUCGGAUGACCAUUUUGCACGCCAUCUCCUUGCUUGCUCCCGUCAUGGGCUCGGAAAUCACAUGCCAAAAGCUGUUGCCAGUGAUCAUCACCGCUUCCAAGGAUAGGUUAACUCAGCAGAAAAAAAAUCACACUUCUUCUUCUUCUUCUUCUUCUUUAUCGUCGUCGUCUUCUUGAUUCUUUCUGUUUCUGCGGAAUGAGGGUCGCUCUCUCUUUCUUGCAGGGUACCUAACAUUAAGUUUAACGUGGCAAAGGUCUUGCAAUCUCUUAUUCCCAUUCUUCAACAACCUGUAAGUAAAUUUCUCUCUCUCUCUCCCCCCCUCUGACUCUCUCCCUCUCCCUCCCUCUCUCUCCCUCUCUGUCUCAUUAUAUCUUUAUAUAUAUAUAUAUACAUACAUACAAAAUGCGUUGUCAGUCUCGUAUUUUUCUAAUUUCGUGGUUCAAAUGGAUGUUGGAAGGUUGUGGAGCAGACUGUGAGACCAGCCCUGGUGGAACUGAGCGAGGACCCCGAUGUGGACGUGAGGUACUUCGCCAGCCAGGCUCUCCACGCCUGUGACAGCGUCAUGAUGUCAACCUAG